AGAGAGAGGAAGAGACAGAGAGUGAGGGAGAGAGAGAGAGAGAGAGAGUAGGAGGAAUGAAAGAUAACAGUUUGUGUGCACGUCUGCAUCAAAACUCUGUGCACUUCCUCCUGGUGCUGCAUCAGACCAGACCGUUGUGUUCAUCUGGGAACAACAAGGAGACUGAUACGUCUUCACGCUGGACUUCACACUGAGGCGAACCCAAAGAAUGCAGAUGUAUCAACCUAGAAAUCCACAGUCUUUCAAAUCUGGACUGGAUAUUUCCCCUAAAUUGGAUUAAACCAAAUGAGAAUGCAGUCGUUUACAUUUUAUUGACUUAUGAACUAGUGGCAACAUGUGAAAUACACACCAUCUGAAAGUAGUGUGCUAGAAUACUUGGCCUCACCAUGGCAGCUAAUGGCCUAAGGGGUUCUCCUUCUAUUCCUGAAACCCUCCCACCCAAGAAGAGGAAUACAAGAGAGAACUCAAACGAGGCUCCAGCCGAGCCGGUUUUCAAGACGCCUUCUCCUUUCUGGAACCAGACUCAGAACUUCAGGAAAUCUAGGAGGCCAAGGGAACCAGCAAGCGUCUCUUACAUCGAUCUUCAUUCCGCAGCCGCAUAUCAUUCGCUGUGGUCUGAUGCCUCAAACCAAGUACUUUUACACCCUUUAGGUGAAAAUGGUACAUUCUCUUCCUGGGCUCCAUAUUUUGAAAGUGGCGAACAGCUCUUGGGUGUGUCAAACCAUAACAGAAAUAAUCCGAUGAGCGUCCACGAUUUUUAUGGAGCCUCUUCCUACUGGAGCUACGCUCCUCUUACAGAGCAAGGAGAUUUGUUAUUUAAGAGCUAUGGAAGGUUCUCCAAUCAGUACAAGCCAAAAAUCAUAAAGCCUGUACCUCGGUCUCUGGCGUCUCAUUACACCAGAAGCGUUCUUCAUAAAGAUGCCCCAAGGAGUCAGUUUGACAUGGGGAGUGCAAGAGGUGCUCAGUGGGAUGAGAGACUACUGAAUGAGAGCGCCAAAAAUGAUACGAGGAUGAGGAAGAGGAACUAUAUACGAGAAGGAAUAAAGCAGAAUUCUGGUCAGUUUGCCGAGUCUGGAACAGAUCUUUCCAGACACAAAUAUUAUUCCGAGUUUAAGGACUUAUCACAAGAAAGAGCUGCCAAGACAGAAGAUCUCCAGCACCAGUGGUUUCCUGUUAUUCACCAGUCUUGUUCUAACAAUGAGCAGCUAAAGUCAGAGACUGAGGUGACCAUGAGAGAUGAGCACCCUCUGCUGGCCAGGAGUGAAAAAGCAGAGACAAGGGAACAGCAAGAACUUGCAUUAUCUUCCUCUCAGCUUUUAUCGCGCUUUUUUGAGGGAUCUCUGAUCGAGCUCGAUGGUGGUCGGCUGAAGCGUGUGGAGGAUUUACAGUUGGAGGAUUUCGAGUGCUGUACUGCGUCAUGCCCCGAGUUAAGUCUGACGAGGUUCACUGUGAAGAAGAUCACAUGCUCUGAUAAACCUGGACUGAUCUGUGUGGCGGUAGAGGUUGACGAUAACCUCCAUUCUAAGAUCUCGCUGGAGGUGUGUGAGGAGUACCCGUUCUUUGUGUGCGGUCGUGGCUGGUCUUCUUGCCACCCUGACCGAACCGCUAAUCUCUGCUGCCUGCGCUGCCAACAGCUGCACCUGGGGGACAUGUGCCUGGCACUCACACCCGUACCUGUUCCACCUGCUCAAGCGACUCUCGAGCCUGGCACGGGCGUGGGCCAUGUCGGAUCGCCGAAUUGUGCGGAGGGAGCAAACCUGAGUAAACUGAGAAGGAGACACAGUUCAGCCCCAGAACUCAGAAUCGUACAAUAAAGUCAAACAGAACGACAGAGUUACAAAGUUUAUUUUAUAAUAUAAUCAACUAUAUACAACCGCUUACACAAAAAAAAAGAUGAUGGGGGGGGGGGGCAAAACAAAUACAUAAAUCAUAUUUUCUAUAGAUCAACUUACUAUGAAAUUGCACUUAGGUGUUUUGUAAAAAAAAAAAAGUAAUAGCAACAGCUGAAUAAAAUAAAUUCAUUGUGUCAUUUUCUUAAAAAAAAAAGUUUUUAAAUGUCCUAAGGCAAGAAUAUUUGUUGGAUUUG